CUUGACGACACGGUUCACAGUUUGACAACCCGGAGAUAACAGGAUUGCUACCCCGCCCAAGAGAGAAAAACAAUGGCUUCGAAACUGGUCGCUAUCAUCACCAUGAGCACCCGCGGUACUCGCGUGGGGCCCAAAGUCGCCGAGUUCGUCAGGAAGGCCAUCGAGAAGCCCCUGGCUGACAGCGGCAUCGACGUCAACCCCGUCGACCUGGUCAAGUUCAACCUCCCGGUUUACAACGAGGCCGUAGCCCCUGCCAGCGUACCCGCGAGGGGUUCCUUCCAGUUCGCGCACACGAAGGCGUGGAGCGCCGAGAUCGCGCGGUACGACGGGUACGUGCUGGUGAUCCCGGAGUACAACGCGAGCGUGGCGGGGGGGACGAAGAACGCGAUCGACUACCUGUACAACGAGUGGAAGGGCAAGCCCGUGGUCAUCGUCAGCUACGGCGUCCAGGGCGGCCGCGCCGCCAACGACCAGGUCAAGGGCGCCCUCGCCGUCCCCGGCCUCCUCGUCGUCGAGCCCCGCCCCACCCUCGCCUUCGCCGGCCAGGCCGACACCUUCGCCGCCGUCGGCGAGGGCAAGCUCGGCGACGCCACCCGCGCCGACUGGGAGUCCAACCACCUCGACACCGUCCUCGAGGCCGCCGCCGGGCUCAAGCGGCUCCUGCUGAACCCCAAGCCCGAGGAGGAAAAGGCCCAGGCCCAGGCCGAGGCGACCAGGGCGUAGAAGUCGUAACGGUCUUAAGUUAAGCACACAUCGGAGAUGGUCUCCCGGGCGCCAGGCGGCUAGAAUAUAGACAGAGCAUCGUUCUUGUUAGACAGGGUACUUUUUUUUCUACAAUUACU